AUGACAACCCUGCAGUCGCCGCCCCCAAAAACCUGGGCCAGCCUGUUUAAAAAUAAUACGGCUGGUCCUUCAAAGGAUAAUUUGUUGCCGACUGAAGGGCUUGAUUCCAGCUCGCACAAAGUUGGAGCAAUACUGGCGAGAUAUGAAACGGAAAAUCGUCCUGUUUCGCUCUUGCCUCGCGGUAUCAUCAAUCUCGGGAACUACUGCUACGUCAAUGCUAUCCUGCAAGCAUUGAUCGCUUGCCCGCUGUUUUAUAGCUUGAUGGUAGCGCUACGGGUAUCGCAGCAAACGCGUCGAUUAAAUUCGAGCACACCCGUACUCGAUGCGCUCGUACAAUUCUGCUCCGAGUACGAUACGGUGGCGAGCAACAGGCGGGCGGCCGUCAUCGGGCCGCCGCUGGACGGAUCUGCGGGAGUCCGCGUACUGAGGGCCCUGCGGCAGUUCUCCGGAUCACAGGGAGGCAGACAGGAGGAUGCGGAAGAGUUCCUAAGUUGCCUCCUCAAUUCGCUCCAUGAUGAGAUGCUCGGGGCGAUGCGACUGAGCGAGCCCGCAGAACCCGCCCGCACGCCGCUGGCGGACAUCUUCCGCGGGCGCACGCGCUCGCGCCUCCACCGGCCGCACCGCCGCGCCGCGGACACCACGCAGCCGUUCUUCACGCUGCAGCUCGACGUCCAGCGCUCCGACUCGGUCGAGAGCGCGCUUGACCUUUUAGUCGCCAAGGAGCACAUCGAAGGCGUGCCUGGUGCCUGGCAACGCCUUUCUAUGGAGCACUUACCUGCGGUACUGGUGCUCCAUCUGAAGUGCUUCAAGCUUGGCGCAAGAGGUCAAGCACAUAAGACAGUCAAAAAAAUCGAUUUCCCCGUCGACCUGACUGUCAAUCGACGAAUGGUCUCAUCAACAUCCACGUACGCCGAGCAACGCCAACGCCAGUACAAACUGCUGGCUGUUGUUCUUCACGCCGGGACAGAAGCAGCCAAAGGGCACUACGUCACAGAUGCCUUUCACGGCCGAGCUGGGUGGCUGAGGUUCGAUGACUCAGCCGUAACAAGGGUGACACUCGCUCAAGUCCUGAGCCCUCAAACACCACGGGUGCCAUAUCUUCUAAUUUACAGGCGCCAGGACACGCUUGUGCCACCCUGUCUCAAAUUGAAGAAACCCCAAAAAUUGUUGUCAGGAAGCGAAAAUGCACCUUUUAGACGCCUGCCAAACAAGCUUUACAUAAAAACGCAAACUCUUUUAAAAUUAAUAAAUCAAGCAGACAUGAAACCUGGACUAAAUGAAAAUAUUAAAAAGCAAAUUCUAAAAGCUACUGAAAAAAUGACAGUGAAAGAACGGCUUUGCGUCAUAUUAUUUGAUGAAAUGUCCCUCAAAGCUAAUAUAACAUAUAACGAAAGGAAAGAUAGAGUCAUUGGCUUUGUCUCAAAUGGUGACAAAACAGUAGCAGAAUUUGCUGACCAUGCGCAGGUAUUCAUGGUCCGUGGGAUAUUAAAAAAUUACAAGCAGCCAGUGUGUUACACAUUUUCACAAUCUGCAACAAAAGGACCAGAACUGGCCAAACAGCUGAAAGCAGUGAUCAGUCAGAUGCAAGAUGCUGGCUUGAUUGUUGUGGCGACAGUGUGCGACCAAGGCACCAACAAUGUUCACUAUAAGGGUGAACUCCCACCUCAGUGCAAAGAUACUGCUGAUAUCUUGAUAUUAUUUGACAAGCUUUUUGACUCUCUAAACGAAAGUUUCGACAAAAGAAAUAAGCAUGGAAAGCCUCUACUUGGACCCGAAUUAAUUGUAACAAGUGACUGCAAAGCGUUACCAGCUUGUGAAAUUGAAAAUAUACCUGACAUAGCAAUUACACCCCUUGAAAACAAAAGUGAUCCCAGACAAAUAGGGAAAGAACAGUCUGCAAAAUGUGCCGAGUGCGACCAUAUUGAAGAUGUUUAUCACAUACUCAUGGAAUCUGUGCGGGUCGAACCGGAAAGGCAGACCUUUAUUACUGUUAACGAUAUUAAUCUAAUUGAUAUAGUGUUACUUUGCGUCAAGCUAGUAAGACUUGUCGAAACCGUAUUGGAGCACUCCAAAUCUGUGGUGGCCAUCCAAAACGAAAUGCCUUUUGACAUACAUUCCGGAGUUAAGCAGAGAGAUGCAAUCACGUCCGUCGUAUUUGACCUUGCCAUUGAAGCUGUUAUUCAAAAACUGAACAUCAGGGAACUAAUCGACAACAAUACGUCACAAGUAGCCGCAUACACUGACGAUAGAACAUAUCAAGCAGGUCUCAAAACAGCAUGA